GCGAGCGAUGCACCUUAUCCUGCGGGAGCCGUUUCAUCUGACAGACAAAUUUAUUUUUAAAAUUAGCCUCAUAAAAAUCAACAUUUUGAUAUGAUUGCCAUCGAAAUGGCUCACAGGAUCGACGAUGCGCCUUCCUGAGCUCUAAUUAUGACAGAAGAAGCGUUUUAAUCGGCGCGAGGAUCGAUGGAGACUUUAAUGUCAGAUUUGAACCGCUGAGGUGAAACUCUGAUGAAUAAUGCCUGGGAAGUUAAAGGCGAAGAUUGUUGCCGGGCGGCACCUGCCUGUCAUGGACCGUGCCAGCGAUCUCACGGACGCCUUUGUAGAGGUGAAGUUUGGAAACACAACAUUUAAGACAGAUGUGUACCCCAAAUCCCUGAAUCCUCAGUGGAAUUCAGAGUGGUUCAAAUUCGAGGUGGAUGAUGAGGAUUUGCAGGAUGAGCCGUUGCAGAUUACUGUUCUCGACCAUGACACAUACAGUGCUAAUGAUGCCAUAGGAAAGGUGUACAUCGACAUCGAUCCACUGCUCUGCAGUGAAGCUGCUACUGUCAUUUCUGGCUGGCUUCCAAUCUAUGACACUAUACAUGGUAUAAGAGGGGAAAUCAACGUUCUGGUGAAGGUGGAUCUCUUUAAUGACUUGAACCGCUUCAGACAGUCAUCAUGUGGGGUUAAAUUCUUCUGUACAACAUCCAUUCCCCGAUGUUACCGGGCGAUUAUGGUACAUGGCUUUGUGGAAGAGCUUGUGGUAAAUGAGGAUCCAGAGUAUCAGUGGAUCGACCGUAUCAGAACCCCUCGUGCGUCCAACGAGGCCAGACAGAGACUCAUCUUUCUCAUGUCAGGUGAAUUGCAGAGGAAGAUUGGUCUGAAGGUGCUAGAGAUGGGAGGGAAUGCAGUGGUGGGGUACCUACAGUGUUUUGACCUUGAAGGAGAAUCAGGCCUUGUGGUUCGUGCCAUUGGGACAGCCUGCACACUUGAGAAAAUCAGCACAUUCCCUGCCACAGCUACACACCCCAGCAACUCCUCUCCUUCAAAAGACAUGAAAGAGCCAGUGUUUGGGGAGGAGGCCCCAGGGGUCCCAUUAUCCUCAGGACCCCCCACCCCUCUGAGAGCACAAACCUUCUCCUCCUUCUCCCCCUCCAAGUCCUACAGUCGCCAGUCCUCCUCCUCUGACACCGAGCUCAGCCUAACCCCCAAAACCGGAAUGGGAAGUGGUGGCAGUGCAGGAAAGGAUGCAGGGCCCCUUAAAGCUCUUUUGAAGCAGCAGACCCAAUCAGCACUGGAGCAAAGAGAAUACCCUUUCUUCACAUUGACUGUCUUCCCUCCUGGAUUUCUCCUUCAUGUGGGAGGCGUGGUCAGUGCGCGCUCAGUAAAGCUUCUGGAUCGAAUCCACAACCCAGCCUUGGGUAACACCAGAUCAUACAAACUGCUAGACUGGAAUAGUUUCACUGCAGACGAGCCGGAGACAAGGGAUGCGUGGUGGGAGGAGAUCCGUCAGGAAAUAAAGUCUCAUGCCAAAUCUCUUGGCUGCCACGCUGUGGUGGGCUACAGCGAGUCCACCAGUAUCUGUGAGGAGGUGUGUAUUCUGUCAGCGUCGGGCACCGCAGCGAUCCUCAGCUCCCGAUUCAUGCAGGACGGCCCUCUGGACACCGAACUCAGGUUGUCACAGCAACCGCUUUGUGUCUUUUCUACAGGGUCAGAGAGGGUCGAGGGGGAUAUGGGUAGUUCAGCCUCGCUAGGAUUUGAGGAGGUGGUGUCCCCUGGCUGUGGGUUUUGCCACAUACCGUACGAUGAGUUGAAUAUACCAUUUCCUGCCCAGCUUACCUAUUGCUACUGCUGUCGCCGUUACAAAGUGCCCGACGUCCUCUUCACAACAAUCGACCUGCCUACUGAAGCCAGCGUCACCGGGAAGGGCUGCCUGAUUCAGGCCAGGCUGUGCAGGACUAAAAAGAAGGCCCAGGGAGAAGUGAACGCCACGGCCAUUAGUAAUCUUCUGCCAUUUCUAGAGUACGAGCUCCACACACAGCUGAUGAACAAAUUGAAGCUACGGGGCAUGAAUGCUUUAUUCGGGCUACGUAUCCAAAUCAGCGUGGGAGAGACCAUGCUUCUAGGAUUAGCGUCUGCAACAGGAGUUUAUCUGACAGCUUUACCCAGUCCCGGAGGAAUCCAGAUUGUGGGAAAAACUCCCAGUGACAUCACAUAUGAACAGCACAUCUCUAAUAUGCAGAAGAAAAUCAAUGACACCAUUACUAAAAACAAAGAACUGUAUGAAAUCAACCCUCCUGAGGUUGUGGAAGAGAUCAUUGGUUCGCCGAUCCCCGAGCCCCGUCAGAGGUCUCGUCUCUUUCGUUCUCACUCAGAGAGCUCAGAUGAUGUGUCAGAAAUAGACUUAUCCCAUGGGAAGAAGGAUGCCUUUGUGUUGGAGAUUGAUGACACGGAUGCUGUGGAGGAUAUACAUGCCCUUCUGACUGAUUCCCCCACCCCAGCAGGAUUCUACAGCUGCAACACUGAAAUCAUGCCUGGGAUUCAGAACUGGACUUCAGCUAUACAGAUGUUUACCUCCGUGAGGGUCUUCCGCCUUAACGCCAACUUGACCAAUCAGGGACUGAAUAAGAUUUUCAGUGACCUCUGUGAGAACCUGCUUAAGAGCUUGUACUUCAAACUGCGGUCCAUGGUCCCAUGCUGUCUUUGUCACCUGAACUUCACAGUGGCCAUACCUGAAGAUGAGCUUAUUCAGGUGGCAGUGACAGCUGUGGCAUUGAGCUUUGACAAAGAGCAGACUUUGGAAAAUGGCAAACAAAGUGGGGAAAAGACACCGAUAAAGGCCAUAACAGAAAAUGACGAGCAGCUUCAGUUCAAUCUGGAGCUCAAUGCUGAAACAUCUUCUUCUUCCAUCUCCCCCAAAGGUCUGUCAGAGGUUGGCAGCCAUCCAUCAGCCAGAGCCCCCUCAGUUGAUUACAGUUCCUUUGCAGACAGAUGCAGCUCCUGGAUAGAGCAGCUUAAACUGAAAGCUCACACCAUAAGACGCGGAUCGGUUAAAACAACAUCAUCUAUGGAGAAGGCCAGCCCGCUGCCUGAAGGUCGCUCUCGUUCUCUUCGGUCAAAUCGUUCCUACUCGGGCAGUUCUGUCGCAGUGGUCAAAAUGACCCCGCUCUCCUUCAUUCCUGGAGCAAAGAUCAUCAAAUACCUUGGCAUCAUCAACAUGUUCUUCAUUAGAGAGACCUCCUCACUCAGAGAGGAGGGAGGUGUAAGUGGGUUCCUGCAUACGUUUAUUGCUGAAGUAUUUGCGAUGGUUCGCGCCCAUGUCGCUGCUCUCGGAGGAAAUGCUGUAGUCUCUUACAGCAUGAAGGAGUGUGUGUUCAUGGAGAACCCGAACAAGAAUCAGGCGCAGUGCCUAAUUAAUGUCAGUGGGGAUGCUGUUAUUUUUGUCCGAGAAUCUGAACUCGAGUUGACUUCGGUACAGCCACAGUCAGCCACAACACAGACCUCCAACGGCGGGGAAGGAACGUGAACACACAUACACACACCGACAAAUUCUCAAGUAAACAAGUCUUAGCAUGAACCAUGCCAUUUGAAGCAGUUCACGCUGAAUCUACCAACCAAAUCUCCAAAAAGAAGCAAAAAUCAAGACCUUAUUGAUUAGUUUUCCCAAGUGUCAUGUUUUAGACCCUUUAAAUGGCCAAUAUUUUGUUUUAUUUCAGAAUAUAAAAAAAUUCCUCCAUCGGAAGCCUUUCAGAAAGGAUGUCUGCCAUAUUUCUAUGUAUUGGCCAUUGUUGUUCACAUUCCAUUUUGUCCAGAUGUGAUGGAGGCAGCUACCAAAUUCAAAAGGUCUAAAAAAAUGCAUCUUUUGUGUUCGCAAAGAGUGUGUAAAUGCGUCAACGACUCUCUAAAUGGCCAUGUUUUGUAUUUAAAUAAAGGUAUAAACUACUGAUGCACUCACAUGGACAUCAAGUUCAUGAUUUUGAAUACUGGUUUCAAAUAAGACACUUCCUGUCAUCUCUUACUGAUCUCUUUCAAAUCAUGUCAUAUGCUGGAAAUGUUUGUUUGCUUUUCAUGUGCCACAAUGUAUGCUUUUAUUUAAACGUAAUGUUUGGGUCGGACUUCUGCAAGGCCGGUCCGAUUCUCUUGCAUGUGCAAUGCCAGUUAAUCAUAAGAAAAAGAAGAUAUUUUAAGGUGGAGUUGUCAUUCACCAUGGACUGACAUUUGAAUGUACAGAUGAUGGGUCUGGAUAUGAAGGUGGACGACUCUGCUAUUGUGUGGACUGACUUUUAAUGCUGUUAUUUUGUAUGUGUUUGCCUGAGGACAAAUCUAAAUUGCACAUUAAUAUAAUUGAAUAAAACUAAUAUUGCUCUGA